AACAAAACCAUAUCUUCUGUUUUGAGCAAGGAAACGAAAGGGAUACGAAAACGAUAAGACAUUCUAUUAAAAAAAACGAUUAUUUUUUGUGGGUCGAUUACUUUCAGUUUCUCUGUUUAUGAUCUGUUCUACAGCUCUUUAUGAUCUGUUACAGAGCAAGAACGAUCGUAAUUUCAACAGCAGAAACUCAUUUUUCAAUCAAUCCGACCAACAAAAAUCCAUCGCACUUGUAUCACAUUAACGAAAUUUCCAUACCAAAGCUAGAAAUUUCAAUUGCGCAAUCCAAAACACCCUUAAUCUUUGUUAAAAAAGUUUCAUCACGAUCAGCCAUGGCAACAGAGCAGUUUUCUUCUUCUUCAUCAGCAUCGUCAUCUUUGAUUCUAACUUCCGGUGCCAGCGGCCGUAUUAAUGCGUUGUUCUCGGUUCGAGCAUUAAAAAGUCUACUAAUGUUAAUAAACGCCGUCGUCUUGUUAUUGCUUCUGCCAUUCCGCGGCAGAAGACGGACGGUGCCGAUGAGUUCCUCCGCAGAGAAGCCGAAAGAUUUACAGGAGUGUGGGACCCCACGGAAGGGCUCCACCAUGGUGCGGGUCCCGGCGAGAAUUGUUCCGUGGAAGAGUAGUGCAUCAUCAGGCGGUGGCAGUGUCGCUGUGGCGGUGGAUCAGGAGGUGGCAGGAAGGAGGGCCCUCGCAAUCCGGAGGGUGUUACAAGACGAUGACGUCAAUUCGGUUAGAGAAUUUUCGCUGUUUGUUACUUCCAGAGGGGAUACUAUUUUUACCCAGUCGUGGACACCUGCUUCUGUCAAAAUCAGGGGACUGGUUAUUAUUCUGCAUGGCCUGAAUGAACAUAGUGGCAGAUACAAUGAUUUUGCGAAGCAGCUGAAUGCUCAUGGGUUUAAGGUUUAUGGAAUGGAUUGGAUUGGACAUGGUGGGAGUGAUGGGCUACACGCAUAUGUUCAUUCUAUUGAUUAUGCUGUCAAUGAUUUGAAAUCAUUCCUUGAUAAAGUUUUAGGAGAUAAUCCUGGGCUUCCAUGUUUUUGCUUUGGUCACUCCACAGGGGCAGCCAUUGUUCUUAAGGCAGCAAUGGAUCCAAAAGUGGAAGCCCGUAUAGCCGGUGUAGUGCUGACUUCCCCUGCAGUUGGAGUUCAGCCGUCCCAUCCUAUUUUUGUGGUACUAGCCCCAAUCUUCUCAGUUCUGUUGCCAAGGUUCCAACUUGGUGCUGCAAAUAAGAAGGGGAUGCCAGUUUCUCGGGAUCCGGAGGCACUAGUAGCUAAGUAUUCUGACCCACUAGUAUACACUGGAUCCAUUAGGAUAAGGACUGGGUAUGAAAUUCUCAGAAUUUCAACUUACUUGCAGCAGAAUCUCAGUAGAUUAUCAGUUCCCUUUCUAGUUCUCCAUGGUACUUCUGACACUGUAACUGACCCAGAAGCUUCACAAAAACUGUAUGAAGAAGCUUCCUCAACUGAUAAAUCCAUCAAAUUGUUACAAGGAUUCUUACAUGAUCUCCUAUUUGAACCAGAACGACAAGAUAUUAUCGAUGACAUAAUUGAGUGGUUAAGUUGUAGGGUACAAUAAGGUUCAAUAGUGCAACUACGUACAGUAAUUAUUGGAUAUUUUAACCCUCUUUAUAUACCUUCUAAGAUCCCGAUGAACAACAUUUCCUGAUUUCACUACCCUCUUUUAUAUAUGCAUUUGCUGCAGUAAGUUUUCCAAUUAAGUAGGUCUGAUGUUGUACUGCUGAAUAAGAUUCAGCAUUUUUAUGUUGAACCCGAAACUGUGUUGCUCUUUGGUUGAUUAUGAUGUUAAUUUGAAUACUAAGCUUUCAUGCGAA